GCAUUUGACACAAUCAUGUAUAAACCACAUUAAUGUCGGGCUGCCUCCAGUUAAGUUGCAAGAAGGACUCGCAAGGCUGCGCACUGAGAGCACGAGUGAAAUCGCAACUAGGGAUUGGAGCUGAGCGUCACAAUCUUCCUUUCUCGUUCUGUAUGGAAGCUCCACCUUUAAAUCGGCGCUGUGACCUCAGCGGUGGGCUGGAUUGGUUGGGUGGGAUUUCCAGGCGUUUGGAGAACCGUAUUUCUGUCUAUCUUUGGAUCUCCGUGUAUUUGUUAGUUAGCAGGGGAUUGCCGAAAUAGCUGUCUUUAGGAAGAAUCACACACUGGAUCUCUGUAUUCGUAUGCGUCUCCCAUUGGAAUAAAUAAUUAAGGAAUGUGGAAAUUACAGAAUGCCCAACAGCACUGGAAAGAGAUUUAAACCCACCAAAUAUAUCCCGGUGUCCACUGCUGCCACUCUUCUUGUGGGAUCCACCACUUUAUUCUUCGUUUUUACGUGUCCCUGGUUGACUCACGCCGUCUCGCCUGCAGUGCCCCUGUACAAUGGCAUCGUCUUCCUCUUCGUUUUGGCCAACUUCAGCAUGGCCACCUUCAUGGACCCUGGUGUCAUCCCCAGAGCGGACGAGGACGAGGACAAGGACGACGACUUCCGGGCGCCUCUCUACAAGAACGUGGAGAUCAAGGGGAUCCAGGUCCGGAUGAAGUGGUGCACCUCCUGCCACUUCUACAGACCCCCGCGAUGCUCCCACUGCAGUGUGUGCGACAACUGCGUGGAGGACUUUGACCACCACUGCCCCUGGGUGAACAACUGCAUCGGGAGGCGGAACUACCGCUUCUUCUUCCUGUUCCUGCUGUCGCUGAGCGUCCACAUGGUGGGGGUGUUCUCCUUCGGCCUGCUCUUCGUGCUGCACCACAUGGAGAGGCUGGGGGCGCUGCACACCACCGUCACGCUGGUGGUGAUGUGCGUGGCGGGGCUCUUCUUCAUCCCAGUCAUCGGCCUCACGGGCUUCCACAUGGUCCUGGUGGCCAGGGGCCGAACCACCAAUGAGCAGGUGACUGGGAAGUUCCGUGGGGGAGUGAAUCCCUUCACGCGAGGUUGCUGUGGCAACGUGCAGUAUGUGCUCUGUAGUCCUUUAGCUCCAAGGUACAUGCUGGACCCCAGGAAGAGGCCCCACGUCCCCGUCCAGCCCCCGUUCCUGCGCCCCGACCCGGCGGACAGACGGGUGUCCAUCAAGGUCAGCGACAACGGGAUCCAUGGCAACGUGUUCCGUACCAAAUCCAAAGGGAGUCUUGACGUGCUGGACGACAAGUCGCUGGAAAUCGGCCCCCCCUUGCCCCCCAAGGCGGACAAAUACAGCGAGCUCAAGAACCAGCUGACCUCCAGUGAAGAGAGCUCCCUCUCCUCCUCCAAGCCGCUGAACCCCUCCACCCCCGCCAUGUACAAGCACCGGCCGUCCUUCGGCACCGUCUCGAAGGUGCACUACCACGGCACCGAGGUGACGAUCAUGAUGCCCGACGAGCACAAGGGAGGGGCCAUAUUGGAGGAAGGGGGCAGGGGUCACGACUACCGCUCCGAGCCCAACCUGGACCUGCCGGACUACCGGAACCCGCCCCUCCACCGCACCUUCCAGUCCUCCCCCCUGCAGCUGGACACCUUCUCCGUCAACUCCCGGUCCCUCAGCCUGAAGCAGGCCCAUCGCCGCGGCGACAAGGCCCAGCUGCCGGCCCUGCGGUCGGAGGGCGUGGCCGCCUCCUCCACCCCCUACAAGAGCGUGUUCUCGCCGGGGACCCUGUCGAGCCGAAACGGGAGCCUGUCCUACGACAGCCUGCUGAACCCCCCCAGCCUGUCCCCCGCCCCGCCCGGGGAGUGCCCGGCCCACCCGGGACUGGCGCCCUCGCCGGGGUACCACUCGCCUUACCUGCCCCCCAAAAUGUGCCACGCCCGGGCCCCCGAACUGCAGCGCCCGCCCCCGUCCCCCUACAGCCCGGUCCUCGGGGGCGGGGGUGUGGGUGGGGGCGGGGGCGGGGGCAGGGGCGGGGGAGGAGGGGUGGGCGUCGGCCGGCACUCGCCCCACCCCCGGGACCCUUCCCCUGUUCGCUAUGACAACCUCUCCAAAACCAUCAUGGCCUCCAUCCAGGAGCGCAAGGAGAUGGAGGAGAGGCAGAAGACCCUGAACCUGCAGCACCAGCCCCCGGCCUACGCCUCCGACUCGGGGGUCUACGACUCCCCCGGGGGGUACGGCCCCCCCUCGGGCCCCUGCUACCCCGACAGCCCCCGGGGGGGCGUGGGCGGGCACUCUAGGGGGCCCACGCCCCCGGUGUUCGGUUCCCGGGACAACCUGGCGGGGUACGGCGGGCGGGCGGCGGCCCUCCGCUCCUCCUCCUCCUCCAUCGCCGCGUCCUCAUUGGUCCGCGCCCCCAGGACUUCCAGCACCUCCCUGCACGCCGACGUGACCAAUAACAACACGCAGGCGUCCUACCGAUCCCCCGCCCACCAGGCUCACCCCUCCCCCUCCGCACCCCCCCGCUCCCCCUCCUACGCCCACCAGAAACCCCUUUCCUUCAUCAGGGCCCUGGAGAGGACAGACUCACCACCUAUGGGCGGCCCAAGACAAGAGGCCGAAGGAAAACUGGCUUUGGGUAAAAUUAACGGGCAGCCCAAGGGCCAAUUACGGGCUGACUGCCACCUUGGCUCCACCCACAGUGUCCAAGGCGCCCCUCUGAGUCCCAGCCGUCACACUAACGUCAAAAAGGUGUCGGGAGUGGGCGGGACCACCUACGAGAUCUCUGUGUGAUUGAGCAGGGUGACACGCCCAUCCAACGCAGCGCUGCCGUGGCAACCACCAUCACCACCGCAAGAGGAAGUGUUGUUAUGUUUGUUGUUCUUUUUUUUUUUUUUUUUUUUUAAAUCAUCGACCAAUCGGGGGGCCUGAAGCCUUACUUGACGGGGGUUGCCGUCCAAUCGGUGGCCUUCGUUAUUUUCUAUCCCAAGUGGCCCACCCGUUAUGCGGUUAUGUUGCAGAAUUCGGCUUCGGUGUGUCUCUCUGUUUGUAGCAACAACAAAAAAAGAAGAAAGACGAAAACUGAAGACGAUGCAUUAAUUCAUCCACUUCCUGUUUGUCUGUUCCUCUGGACAGCUUUGCUUGUGACUCUGGAAGCAAGUGAUGGCACAACUGCACAGAGACAUCAGUGUUUGUCCUUCGGUUUUCACUAUCAUACCUGUGGCACAAAAAGGCCUUUUUAUUUUAUUUUUUAUUUUUGUUCAGAAGCAGAAUGGAUAUGGUGUCAAAUGUAUUCAGGCUCUGAACAGGUUGUGAACUGUCAACACAAACGCACAAAUUCGUAUUUGUGCGGUCCGUUCUGAGAGGGUUAGAGAAGCGUUAUCAAUAGCUGUAAGGCUGCCGGCCAUAGGGCCACAUCACGUGGUUCAGGCUUCUGGCGUCGUAACCGCGUCGGACGACCCUUCGUCAAAGCCCGAGCUGUUGUACAGGGUGAUUCCUGUCUAACACGGGGUUCCUCGCGCCCCUGUGUGACACCCAAAAG